GAAAUGAUGUGACGUCGUUCUUCAAGGUCUUCGCCGAAAUUUUCUUCUGUUAUUAAUUGCGGCGUAUUAAGAAUUUAAUAUGGCUGCAAAUAAUUAUUUUGGAUUUACUACAGGAGGAACACAAUAUGGGAGUGCUACACCUUCCACAGCGAAUUAUUCUGCUGCUAACCAGGCAACUGCUGGCUACACUGUGCAGCACUCAGCUCAACCCUAUGCAGCAGCUGCUACUGCUCAGCGCUCCAGUCAGUCUGCAUAUGAAAGUUACCAACAACCUACACACACAACUACAAAUUAUCCAUAUGCAUCUAGGCAACAGACAACAUAUGAGAAAGCUCAAACUUAUUACCAGACUCAAGUUCCCUAUUCGACAACUGAAACUCCACAUUACCAAAGUGUGAGUAACAAUAAGCCAGUAUAUUCUACUACAACCAAUGUGAACUACAAUGCUCGACAAGCUUCUUCAGCAAAAGCUCAGACACAGACUGCACAGCCAUCAGCGUCAUCAUAUCUGUAUUCGACUGGUGCAUCUUCUGGAAAUUCUACAUCUAAUUAUAGUUCUACAUACAAUAGCUCUGCUGCUACAACAACUUACUCAGCAUCUAUGUAUGUGCAACAGUCAUCUGUUUCUGUGCAGCCUGUUCAGGCUGCUGUUCAAACUAGCAUUGUACAACCCACGCAACAAGUACAAGCUAUUCAAACUUCAAAUACUAGUGCAGUAACAACUCCCAAAACACAAGGGAACAGCUGGAUGUCUUUCAAGAAAGGCCCAGUCAGAAUGGCUCGACCAAAACUUCCUCCUAAGCCUCAACAAUUGCAUUAUUGUGAAGUUUGUAAAAUCAGCUGUGCUGGACCACAGACUUAUCGAGAACAUCUUGAAGGACAGAAACAUAAGAAAAAAGAAGCUGCUGCUAAAACUGGAACUGUAGUCCAUCAUGUAUCUAGGGGUGGAACAACUUUAAAAUGUGAACUUUGUGAUGUUACUUGUACUGGAUCUGAUGCUUAUGCUGCACAUAUUAGAGGAGCCAAGCACCAAAAAGUUGUGAAACUUCAUACAAAAUUAGGAAAACCCAUUCCUUCAACAGAACCUCAAGUUGUUCACACGGGUACAACUAAUGCUACAAAUAAAGCUGCAGCUGCUGGAAAUAAAACGCCUACUAAAGGUAAUGCUGCUAAAAAGACUGGUCCGCCUAAAAUUACUUUUGUUGCUGCUACAAAGGCUGAAGAAAAUGCUGAUGUCAAAGAAGACAAUGAAGAAGAAAAAGGAGAUAGUUCCAAAGAAGAUGAUGUUCAGCCUGUAGGUCAAGAUUAUAUUGAUGAAAUUAAGAAUGAAGAAGGCAAAGUUGUUAGUUUCCAAUGUAAAUUAUGUGAAUGCAAAUUUAAUGAUCCUAAUGCUAAAGAAAUGCAUAUGAAAGGUCGUAGGCAUAGGCUGCAAUACAAAAAAAAAGUAAAUCCUGAUUUAGUAGUUGAUAUCAAACCUAGUCUGCGCCAUCGUAAGAUUCAAGAGGAAAGGCUACGUCGUCAACAAAUGAUGGACGACUAUUUUAAAAGAAGGGAAGAAGAAAGAUGGCGAGAAGAAAUGAGUGGUGUGAAUUUUAGGUUAAUGGAAGAGGAAGAACGACUCUAUUGGGAGGAACGAAGACGCUAUGAAGAAGAAUUGGAACUAUAUGAAUGGCAUAGGCGCUAUAAUAGAGAACCACGGAUGGGACCACCAAUGCCUCCUCCCCCUCCUCGACCUUAUAUGAUGGGAAUGCCUCCUGGUGUGAUGGGACCUCAGGGUAUGAGGAGACCUGAUACAGUGGAUGAUCGUCAUGUUAUGGCUAAGCACACCCAGAUAUAUCCUAAAGAAGAAGAAUUAAAUGCUGUUCAGAAAAUUAUCACAAAUUCAGAGAAGGCUCUGAAACUUGUAUCAGAUUGUCUAACAGAAAAGACCGAUAAAAAAGAACCUCCUAAAGUAACUGUCAAAACAGAAGAAAAAUCUUCAGAUUCCAAAUCAUCUGCAGCAACAGAAGGGAACAAAGAAAAUAAAGAGAAAGAAGCUCCUCAACCAUAUCGUGUAUUAAAGGGAGUCAUGCGUGUUGGAUCUCUUGCUAAAGGUCUUGUUCUGACGGGUGAUUUGAAUGUAAAGCUUGUUGUGAUGUGUGCCGAAAAACCUACAAGAUCUCUUUUAGAAAAAGUUAUGGAACACCUUCCAAAACAAUUAGCUAUUGUUGCACCAGAGGACAAAUAUGAAGUUACAAGAUGCGUGGAAGAAGCAGCCAUUGUUAUAACUUCUGCUACUGACCCAAAAAUAGUUGUGACUGUUACACUGACAUCCCCUGUGAUGCGUGAAUCUAACACUGAUCCAAACGCCCCUGGAGAGACUGUUACCGAUCCACCGGAUGUACUGGACAGGCAGAAAUGCCUGGACGCCUUGGCCGCCUUGAGACAUGCCAAGUGGUUCCAGGCUAGAGCAAGUGGACUUCAAUCUUGUGUUAUGGUAAUACGCAUCCUAAGAGAUCUUUGUCAACGUGUACCUACCUGGAGCCGCUUGAAUGGCUGGGCCAUGGAAUUGCUCGUCGAAAAAGUGUUAAGUAGUUGUGGACAGCCGCUGAGCCUUGGCGAUGCCCUGAGACGUGUUUUUGAAGCUAUUGCAUCGGGCAUUCUUUUACCUGGAUCAUCUGGUUUGCUUGAUCCAUGUGAAAAAGACCCUACAGAUGCUGCAGGUAGUCUAACAAAUCAAGAAAGAGAAGAUAUUACUGCUAGUGCGCAGCAUGCUUUGCGACUGAUAGCUUUCCGUCAAAUUCAUAAAGUUUUAGGAAUGGACCCCUUGCCUCCUCCAAAAUUCACUCGAGGACCUUUCCCACGAAAACGAAGACGUGAUAAUAGCACUAGUGAGGAUAAGGAUUCAGAAGGAGCCAAUGGACAAAAGAAAGACAAGAAGGAAGACGACAAGCCUGAAAAAAUGGAAACAUCUGAAUCUAAAGCAUGUUAAGCAAAUUGACGAUAUUUCAAAUUGCAUUUCUUGUAGAAUUCUUAGCUUAAUUUAAGUAUAUAAUCUGGUGUUUGUUACGCACCUGAAUGUUUGGAGGACAUUGCGUUAAUAUUACCAGUUUUGUGUAGAAUAUUAUUUUCCUGUCAUGUUCAUCACUUAUGCAUAUUUUCCCAUUUGGUAUCAAUGCCAUGUGCGAACCAAAAUUAUCGUUAAUAAUUGUGGACUUGUUUAUGUAAAAUUCAUGGAGCAUAGCAUGAUAGAAUUCACAACACAUGCUGUUUUGUUUUGUUUACGUCACAGCAUUUUGCUGUGAAAUAUUUUUUUUAACUUGGUAUUGAAGAUGGUACACAAUUAUGCUUUAGUCCCAUUGUAUAACUUUUGUCAUUAAAUAUUAUGUAUUUAA